AUGGCAGGCUUGGCUCUGCACUUUUGAACCGCUCUCUCCGGCAAGUGAGGUCUCACAUCUCACAUGCAAACACGAUCCAUGGCGCUCUGGGAUCACAUCUGACUUAUCAAUCAAGGUAAACUCAAAGUGGACUGUCCUUAAACGUGAGAGGAGGACUACACAGGCUGCUCCAUGGCUGCACCAACGCUACAACAGCCCAGCUUUGUACUGGCCAAUCUAAAGGCAGACUCUACAACUAAACCUCUUCUGCAUCGCUGCCAAGAUUUGGUGAAAAUCAUUGAUGAGUAUCCUGCAAAGGAGUUGCAUUUGAUUUUCCCAUGGCUGGUGGAGACGGUGUUUGGCAGUCUGGAUGGCAUCAUCACAGGCUGGAAUCUGCGACUUCUUCACUCCAGGAGCCCUGAAUACAAUAUAAUCAUGGAGUUUUUAAACCCCAGUGGCCCAAUGAUGAAACUGGUUUAUAAACUUCAAGCAGAAGAGUACAAAUAUGAAAUACCAGUAAACUAUCUCCCGGGUCCUGUCAAAGCCUCCAUCCAACAAGGAGUUCUCCCAGACUGCCCCCUUUUUCACAACAAGCUGCAGUUUCCUCUGUCCGGCCUUCUCACUCUCAACUUCAAUCCGUUUGAAUACUACAUGUUUAAUUUUGCAUACUGUCUGCUUAUGCCAAAGACGUAUCCUCCAGGUCACCAUGGGAACAAUACAGACACCGCCUACUUUGUGUUGGUCGACAUUUACCUAAAAUAUUUUCUGCCCAGUGAAGGAAAUGUGCCUCCUUCUCCCUUUUCGGACUCCAGGGGCUCUGUCACUGCCCCAUCUCCAAGCCGUUCCUCUGCUCUGUCCCUGUCUGGUUAUGGAGUCCACAGUCCCAGUCUCCUUAAACACCACAUUUUCCACCAGCCCACAGUAAACGCAGAUCCAGCCGCUCAGGAAAUCUGGAGGACUGAGGCUCUGCUGCAGAUGUUUGUGGAGGUUUGGCUGCAUCAUUACUCUUUGGAAAUGUACCAGAAGCUCCAGUCUCCUCAGGUUAAGCUGGCCCUGCUGCAGUACCGCCUCAGUAUGUCCAGCAUGCCGUGCCAACCCCACGCCCCACCAGGCUCUGGGACCCUCCACACCUACCAAGUACUUUUACCUUUUCAUUCACCCUCGGCCCUCUGGGGCCUCCUGGAGGAGCCCUUCAGUCCCACAGAGGAGCAUGUGCUGGUGGUCCGACUCCUGGUGAAACAUCUCCACGCGUUCUCAAACAGUCUCAAGCCAGAGCAGCUGUCCUCCUCUCCUCCCACCCACUCCCACACCCACACCAGCCCUCUGGAGGAGUUCAAAAGGGUGGUAGUGCAGCGAUUUGUUCAGCAGAAGCUCUAUUUGUUUCUCCAGCACUGCUUUGGACACUGGCCUCUGGAUGCGUCCUUCAGAGCAAUUUUGGAGACUUGGCUGAGUUAUAUACAACCCUGGAGAUACACAGGGGAGAAGGUUCCCUCUCCAACUGACCAGAACAGGACAGUGCUCGAGAAAUGGGAGCCUUUUGUCCAGGAGAAUCUGCUGGUGUACACUAAGCUUUUCCAGGUGUUUCUGAACCGGGCCUUAAGGACUGAUCUGGUCAAUCCCAAAAAUGCUCUGAUGGUGUUUCGUGUGGCCAAAGUCUUCUCCCAAGUCAAUCUUCCAGAGAUGAUCCAGAAAGGAGAGCAGUUAUUCCUGGAGCCCGAGCACGUCCUACAUCACCGCCAGCCUCGUGGUGGAUACCUCACACCAGGUCAAGGAGGCAGCUUCUUGUCUUCUCGACAGCGAGUGGUAACUGACACAGUGUUUAAGGUGAAGAGCCACGUCUACUCCAUAGAGGGCCAGGACUGUCAGUACAAGCAGAUGUUCGGGACUGAACUCAGAGGAGCAGUAAUGAAGUUAAUCCAGCAGAUUGCACAAGCCAGACAGACGGCCAAAAGAAUAUCGGACCAUUCCAGUGAGAUGGCCGCCAACAACUCGUUCUUGUCGUGGUUUGGUCUGGGCUCACCUGACCAGAACAACACAUUCAAUGGGACAGAGCCAGAAGAGAGUGGGGAGUGUCUGAAGAAGACCCAUGACCUCCUGGACAAGGCUUUGGAGUUCAUUUGUCAGAUAUUUAAGUUGAACCAAGGGCAGCUGACACAGUUGAUGUCAAACCUGGGUUCUUCUGAGGAGGACGCAAACGCCAAACAGCUGCCAGACUGCAUACAAGGAGAGAACGGACUGAUCCUGACUGACGUGGGGCGAAUGCAGAUCAUAAACGGCCUGCGGAGAUUCGACAUUCAGUAUCAGGGAGACCCAGAGCUGCAGCCCAUCAGGAGUUAUGAAAAUGCAGCACUGGUUCGUCUUUUCUACAGGCUCUCCACUGCCGUCAAUGAGAGAUUUGGAGCCCACAUGAAUGCCCUCUGCUCACGGUCAGACUUCCUUGGUCGCUUGGGUCGCCACUAUCUGACUGACCCCCAAACCUUUACUAGAAUAAGGCACAAUCCAGUCACCCAGCGGAGCCCGUACCGGCCACCCCAUCCCAGACUCAGCCUACGAACUCUGGCUAGCUAUAGGACACUGCUAAUGCUAAUGCUACUCUACAUGUUUGGGGCCCUGCUUUCGUUAGGACCAGUGUCCAGCACGUUGAUCAUUAUCAGUGGGGCCUUUCUCUAUGGACUCUUCAUGACAUUAUUUGGUGACAAAAUAAAAACUCACUAGCUUAAAACAGAACUGCACGAUAUAAUAACAUUUUAAAAAGUAUUUUUGCUAAGUCUGUAUUUUCUUGUUAAAAGAACCCAUAGUGUUAUUUGAACAUUUUUAUUAAAAAUUGUAAAUUGCAUAAGUGUUGAUUGGAAAGUCACAUUGCUUUUUAUAUUUUAGGAAUGAAAAAAUACCCUAUGAGAAUAUUUACUAGUUCUAUGUUUAUAUCUUUGCUUUAUGCAGAUUAUUUUAUUGUUCUGACAUAGUUUUAAACAUACUAUAUUUGCAAAGGGAUGAUUCAGUUAGUACCAAUGGAUAGUACAGUGGUAUUGUAAAAUCAUUGCAUAGGCAGCUUUUGCUUUUGGUUGUUUUUCUGUUGGUUUUGUACAGAUUUUUCAUGCAGACCAAACUUGAAAACAGUGCAUUUUGUUCUAAAAGCCAAAUAAACUAUUUGCACUUGUUUAUA